AUGGUCAAAAAUAGAAGACAUGAAUCCGAAUGUUGCAAUGUAUUUUUUUUAAAUUACGUUCUUCACAUAUUCAACAUAAUAUUUGUGACUGCCGGUUUCUCCGUUCUCGCCGUCGGAGUAUGGAGCGUCAUAGAAAAGCACAAAUACGUAUCGCUGUUGACGAGCGUGACGUAUCCAAUGUCUUCGUAUGUUUUGAUCGGUGCCGGAUGUUUGGUGUUGGUUGUUGCCGUGAUCGGUUGUUUCGGAGUCAUCAAAGAAAAUAGAUGUCUAUUAUUAAUCUACACGUUUUUAUUAUUGUUUAUAUUUUUACUGGAGGCCAUGGUCGGAACUUUGGCAUACAUAUACGAAGAACAAGUGGAAGCAGAAUUGAAAUUGAAUUUGAAUUCGACUUUUUUGGAUAAUUACAAAAUAGAUGCGGAUAAAACGAAAGCCAUAGACGACAUGCAAAUAGAGUUUAAAUGUUGCGGAGCCGUUCGAUUCGAAGACUGGAGAUAUUCCAAAUGGUUUCACCAAAGCAGAAAAACAUCAAAUAAUUUAGUUCCGGAUUCCUGUUGUAAAACCCCAUCGCUCAAUUGCGGAGUUCGCGAUCAUCCGAGCAACAUACAAUACAAGGGUUGUUUGAAUCAACUAUCGAAAGAAGUCAAAUCUCAUUUGGUCAUAAUAAGUUCCGUGGGUUUGGGAAUAUGCGUUUUGCAAAUAUUCGGAGUCAUUUUCAGUUUUUGCCUUUACAUUAAAUUGAAAAACAAAGAAGAAACGAGACCUUGA